GAAACUUUUAUUUUUAGAGCUUCGUGCGAGUGGCAUUCGCGGGUGCAUUGCACGCAUACCAUCACCGCAGCGCGGCGGUAUUAAAUAUGGCGUCAUCUUCUUCAUGCGAUGCGAUGUGCCGGCGGUCAGCUCAUGCGCAGGGUGGUCGCAUGACAAAGUCACGACGAAAGUGAUCAUGACCGGUCGGGUGGAUCGGAGGUGUCAUGACUAAAUGGACUUUCUCUCGUUCAUCUUCGAAGAGGAUGAUGGCGGUUGACAGAUGAAGAGCGCCAGAGUUGGGCCAGAACCAAUCAUCCUCUAAUUAUACUUAUAGGAACUGUGUUUAUUGGUAAUUUUGACUGCGGCGACAGCGAAGACUACUCCGACUCGUGAUGUCGCCGAUAGUGAUCGUGGACGACAGCGGGGGUGUUGUGUCAGCCAGCCAGCCAGCGAUCGCUACACGAGCGAGAGCAGGAAAAUAGAUUGAGAGCGCGAGGGUCAGCCAGAGGAAUCGUAAGAAUGCCGGCAGUUUUUUCGCUGGCCCCACGAGAUCGGUGCGGAGUUUCAUUCAUGAGAUAAGUACACUAUCCGGCACAUUGUUGGAAGAGACGAGAUGCAGUGAAAACCGCAUCCCGUGCUGCUCCGCAGAAAAAAAGAAAAUACAAGUUGCAUACAGAAGUUUAGUUUCGGUGCUGAAAUUCUAUAAACCAAGUGCGUAUUAUCGUCAAAGUACAAAUUAACACGUAGAGUAAACCGCAGUCCGUGAACAGAAGAAGGAGAGCUUGUUUGUGGCGAAUGAUAUCGGUUUGAUUGGCGUAGAGAAUGAUCGGAGUGAUAUCGUAUGGCAAUAGAAAACGAGGAUCGAGUUGUUUCAAUAGUAAACCACGAGGCAACGGCGGUGGCGGUGGAAAACGUGCCAAAAAACAGCGACAUUCACGACAGCAUGCAUCGGUGGCUGCAGCAGCAGCCAAUCGUCGGGGUAAUAACAGUGCCGGCCACGAGAGCGCGCUAGCGUUGAUCAACUGUGGCCAAGAGCAGCUGACAGCGCAGAAGAGCCGAGCGAAAACUGUGGUGGCGAAAAAGAAGCGCCACCGAACAGCGAAACCAGCAAGCAGCAGACGUAGCUCAGUGUCAGUGACAGGAGCAGCAGCAGUGAGUAAAAAACAAGAACAAGUACGAUCGACGAGUUCGGCAAGUUUGGCCGAUGGUGGUGCUGCUAGUAAAAUGUGCGAAAAUAAUCCCGUUCCGUCUGGAGGAUCGGGCAGAAAACGGGGUCACCAGCAUCACCCGAGGUUCAGCGGCAGCAGGAAGUCCAACGUACCGGCCGAGGACGUGAUUGCAGCGUUGAGAGGUGCUUUCGAUUGCAGCGGAACGAUUACGACGACGACGACGUUGACGUCGGGAGGAGGAGGCAGUCUCAGCAGUAGCUCGUCAUCGUCGUCACUGCUGAUUGGCAACAGUAUAGUAAACACAGAUAUAAUCAUUGGCGGAGACGAGAAUGCGAAUCCCAACCAGCAGAAUGUCACCAUCGGAGCGGGGGUGGAAGACGAAGACAAACAAACCAUUCUGAUGACGAUCGAUGCUGAUAAUGAUGGUGGAGUUGCUGAAGAUGAUGAUGAUGUUGUAAAUAAUAAUAGCCACAAUCUAGGCCAGGAUCUCAACCCGGAAGUGGAACUAGACCAAGAUAUCAGUAAAAGUAUAAUAGAAGACGACGAAAGGCUGAUAGAACCAAGUGAUGAGUUGAUUAAUCAACAACAAAGUAAGAACAACAGCAACAGCAAUAGUCUAGUUAGUAGCGAUAUAAGCAAUAGCACGGCUAGUAAUGUAAUAGUGAUAGACGAUGACGAGGACGACGAUGGAGGAGGCAGCGCUGCUAGUGGCGAACCGUUGGAGAUCAGCAAGCUGGAGGAACCGCCCAGCAGCGGUCAGGAGCUAGUCAAGCAAAUCAGCAAGAAGCUGAAACGCAGCAAAAAGAGUCCGUCCUCGGAUGAUUCCAGCAAUGCUAGCGCAGGCCGGAAAAAGUCCAGCACCGGCAGUAAAAAAUCUUCCAAAAAUUCCGAUGGCAGUAGCAGCACCAGCAACGGCAGCAAGCAGCGGAAAAAGAUCCGGGCUUCGACGGGUGAUAUUUCCAAACUGGAGCGAGCGCUGGGAGACGGAGCACCGUGCGAGGACGGGACAGCGGCGGACGAGAACGAUCCGGAUGCGGCGGAAUGGGCCAAACUGCGCUGUACCAGCGAACGGACUGAGGUCAUCGCCGAAAGGGAACAUCGACGGCAGAAACGAUGCGCGGACUAUCCAGGGCUGGCUUUCGGACGGUCCAUAUUCAGCUCGGACACGAUGAUGAAGUUCAACAUCAUCCGGAACGAGCUGCACAACAUCAUGAAGACACAGUUGAAACGGGCCGAAUCCGAAGUCGCUGCCCUGAACCGUCGUAUUCAGCUGCUGGAGGAAGAUCUGGAACGUUCGGAAGAACGUCUGGCUUCCGCCACGGCUAAGUUGUCAGAGGCUUCGGCGGCUGCUGAUGAGAGCGAACGGAUUAGAAAAGCCCUUGAAAACCGUACAAACAUGGAAGACGAUAGAGUAGCGAUACUGGAAGCACAAUUAUCCCAGGCCAAACUAAUAGCAGAAGAAGCAGACAAAAAAUACGAAGAGGUGGCCCGGAAGCUAGUACUCAUGGAACAGGACCUGGAACGUUCCGAAGAGAAGGUCGAAAUGAACGAAAGCAAGAUCGUCGAGCUUGAGGAGGAGCUGCGCGUUGUCGGUAACAACCUGAAGUCGCUGGAAGUCUCGGAAGAAAAGGCGACGCAAAGAGAGGAAACGUACGGCGGCCAAGUGAGAAUACUGGAUCAGCGUCUCAAGGAGGCUGAGGCUCGUGCUGAAUUCGCUGAACGUUCCGUUCAGAAGUUGCAGAAGGAAGUCGACAGACUCGAGGACGAACUAAUGCACGAGCGUGCCAAGAACAAAAUGCUGCAGGAAGAGAUGGAAGCAACCCUGCACGACAUUCAGAACAUGUAACCGUGGCAACGGAUGCUACUGCAACGCCUACUACAACUACAAACAAACUUCCAAACAGCAACCAUACACCAAUCAACAAAAUAGAAGAUGGCGGAAAAGAUGCUGAAACACUGAAAAGUUAUGGGCCCCCACACUAGUCCUCGGGUGCCGUCAAAUACUACUUCCGCCGACAGCAUUGUUGUUCUACUCGCUGCUGUUACUCUCAUCGCGUUAUUUGAGGCUGUCACAUCUUCUACUUCGUCUAUGUUUUGCUGGAAGAACAAAGAAGACGACACACUUAACAUACUGCUGCAAACAACACCCACAAGUAUAACGUUAAGGAAGGAUCUGUCACGAAACAAUACACAAACACAAACACACAUUUACCAACCAACCAACAUACAAAUACCUACUCACGCGACCGCACACAAGUCAAGGUAGCAAAACGUUAUUACACAUAGGGGAUGCCACUGAGAAGCGAGUGACAUCUACCGGCGAAUGGAACCCGGUAGCGUGCGACUUGCGUUUAUUCGAUUAUAUUAGGAUUAUUGUACAUUCGCAUGCCAAGUGGACGAACAUUCCGCGUACAUUAACAUUCGAGUUUUUUCUUUGUCUCUGUUCAAAGCCAAUCAAAAAAGACAUUCUACUCUUGUUAAGUAGCAAGUAUGCUGGACAGCUUAAAGUUUACUAGGAUUAUGUGAAUAAAUUAGAGAAGGAAAUCCGUUACUGCCCCAUUAAUUUUACAUUCUUGCGAUUGCGCCGCCUUUCGAUUGAUUUUACAAUUCACUAUUGUUUCUCCUUCAAGAUGCCUAUUUUCCGUUUUUAAUUAUUUUGUCUUCCGGUUGUUUUGUAGAAUUUAAAGAAAUGUCGCGCAUUUAAUGUCAACCAAAUGCAUUUAUUUGCUGUAUAAAAACAUUUUGAAAGGCGGAAAAUGAUCAUUCCAACUUUAGCGUGCAGCGUGUCACCGUAAAAUAAAGAACAAUCGCCACAAAAUCAAAACCGAUUUUCGAAAUGUUAUCAAUGAUUAAGAAUUGCACAAAAGAAAACAUACAUUUGCAAAACUAUCCAGAUAAGGUUACACACCCAUAGAGAUUUAAGUAGUUCGAAGAUGCCGCGGAAUCGAUGAAUUCGGCAACAGCAAAAAAAUGGUUCAAUUCGUAUAACGCGUGCAUCUACUCUCGUCGUCGCUCUGUACGUUCGUUUCGAUAGGAUUUUACUCUUGAGUCCUCUUCUUAAUUUUAGUUUACGUUUCGUUUCUUUCUGCAAUAAGUUAUCACUAUUUUUAUUUAGAAACCCGAAAGGAGCAGAUUAAAUGCAUGCAGAGAAUAAUUUAUGAAAGAGCAGUUCUUUUUAUGAAUAGUUUUUAAGGAACAGCAUGAGAUAUUUCAGAAAGUUGUAGGAUCGGUGGAAAAUCAAUCGGAAGAACCGGAUGGGAAUUCGUUUUAGUUAACAUUUCAAUGUGCCUUCAAUCCGUCAGUUGUUUUGGCAAGCGAUUGCUUCUUUUCCGAUUGAUUUUUCGAGCCGGAUUUUAUUGAUGAGGAGAACAUGGCAAAGCCAUUUCGCGAGUAUUUUUUGUCUUCUCUUGCGUCGUAAUCUAAGCGCAGUUAAUUGGUAAGGAUUGGUAUUCCGUCAAGUCCAUUCCAGAAACCGAGUACACAAACACACAGACAGGAAUCAGAUCAGAUCAAAGCUCGAGAGAAGAAGUGUACACGCAAACUUCACGAUCAAUACUGUUAGCAUUUAGGAAUCAAAAGCAUUCAUUUCAACGUUUUGCCAAUAAACCAACAAAACCCAACAACAACAAAACAACAGCAACUAUAAAAUGAUAUCAUAUUUGAGUGUUUAUAAUAAUAUAUUAUUUUAUUUAAAGCCGA